AGCAAGGGCACCAAUAAGUAUUUAUCCAGUGCCCCAAAUAAAGUGACCCCAACAGCUCUGCAGCAACUCACCUGAAAAAGAAAUAAGAAGUUCCCGCAACAAAAAUCCUUUUGUUUAACCCUUCUUAUUUUCUUUUUCGCCACCAGAAUCUCUCCUAAAAAAAUAUCUAUAAAUUAGUUACUACAUAUAUUAUUCAAAAUGAGCGGAGGAGAAGCACAGAAUAAGAAAAAGAAGAUCGCCAUCAUCGGCGUCUCCGCUUUGAUUCUGGUGGCUAUGGUAGUUGCUGUAACUGUUGGGAUCACUGUGUCACGGCACAAAGGCAAAUCCGGCGGCGAGCAAACAUCCACGUCGACAAAGGCGAUCCAGUCGAUCUGCCAGCCCACGGACUACAAAAAGACCUGCGAGGACAACCUGUCCAAGGUGGCUAGCAACGUCACCGACCCAAAAGAGCUGGUCAAGGCAGGGUUCCAGGUCGCCAUCGACCAGCUCCGCGAGGUCAUCAAGAACUCGACGACCUUGAAGGAGCUUGCCAAGGACCCCAGCACAAACCAGGCCUUGCAGAACUGCAAGGAGCUCUUGGAGUAUGCCAUCGACGAUUUGGGUGACUCGUUCGAAAAGCUGGGUCCUUUUGAUUUCACCAAGCUCGACGCCUACGUGGAGGAUCUCAAGGUCUGGCUCAGCGCCGCCAUGACGUACGAGCAGACUUGCCUGGAUGGGUUUGAGAACACCACCGGUGAUGCUGGUGAGAAGAUGAGGCAGUUCUUGAAGACAUCUCAGGAGCUCACCAGCAACGGCCUUGCCAUGGUAAGCGAAGUGUCCACGUUGUUCAAGGCUCUGAACAUCAAGACCGGGCGCCGCCUCCUCCAAGCCGCUGCCACGGCCACUGAU